AUGCUUGACUUCAUGGACUACAUCCAAUUGGCAUUCGCCGAGGCGACCAACUGGAACCGCGACAACUCAUAUUCGUCCCUGACAGCCACAGCGCAAUCGUUACUCGAUUUCUCGACUCCGGAGCGGCUGCGCGUCCAUCUUUCGUCCCUAGCCACUCCUCACUUCGCGACCAGUUAUACCCUCGGCACAGUUGGAUUGAUCGAUGGCUCCGUAUCGUACCUCUACAGCACCGUGCCUUUAAACAAUACUCCCAGCCGGAGCGCCCUUAUUCCACUGCGUAAACUAGCGCGCGGUUAUCGCCAAGUUCAGCCUCCAGUUGCCCCGGUGGAAGGUUGGGGGUGGCAGUCACUCCUUGAUGGACUCGGAUCCUCUGAGUCCAAACCCUCCGGCAAUGGCGAUAGUCAACUUUCGCUCGGGCGGAAGGCGACUCUGCUCAAUGCAACUUUGCAUCUUCCUCCCCCGACAACCCUGAAUGCCUUGUUCUUGCGCCGAAUCUCACCAACCAUGCAGCUGUCAUUGGCAGUCUGCUCGACCCGGGGACCUCCUCUAUCAAACUCUGCGCCGCAAGCUUCUCUCCUAGGUCAACUUUCCCACGACACGGGCAAGUAUAGCAAUGAAUAUCUGUUCAGCACGGACAAUUCGUUGUUCGGCUGGCGGGGGCUGUGGAAUUUCGGCCCAGACCCGCGCCAUACCAAGGAGAACGCAUCACCACGGUUAUCACUACUAUCGGCCGGCGCAGAAGCAUAUUACUCCCCCGUCUCUUCGCUCAUCGGCAUGUCAACUGGGUUACGGUUCAGCACCCUACCAGCAGCCACCGAGAUGCCGUCAUCAGCGUCAUCCACGUCUAGCACAACCACGACCUCAAACCACGGCACCCCAAUCUCCACCUUCCCAUACACCCUCACCCUGGUCCUAACACCACUCACCGGCUCCCUAUCAACCACCUACUCCCUACGCGCCUCGCCCAACCUAGCCUUCAGCUCCCGCUUCGGCUUCAACGUCUACAGCUGGGAAAGCGAAAUGGUCGCCGGCUGCGAACUAUGGCGGAAGAGGAAAUCCCCGCACCCGCCAAUCGAUGACGAUGGCCUUGAAUGGGCCAGGCGAAAGAUGCGCAUGGCCGAUCCCUCUGCCUUUCCUCCUGUGGAUCCCCCCACUGCUCAUAAUGAAAACCAGGAAAAUGAAUCAGUGUUGAAGAUCCGCGUCGAUCAGUCCUGGAAUGUGCGGUUGCUGUGGGAGGGCCGCGUGAAGGAGCUUCUAGUUAGUGCGGGUGUGGGGUUAGGUCCUAGUUCAUUCUCUUCGUCUUCGUGGGCUGCGAAUUCGACUGCAGCGGGGGGUGGGCAGUCUGUUGGCGGAGGUGUUUCUGGGAAAUCGUAUUGGCAUGGUGUUGGGGUGUCAGUUUCGUAUUCGUCGUGA